AUCUCAGCGUUUGCUCUACAAUGAAGUUCCUUGGACUCUGCUGUUUGCUUAUCUUGGCUAUUUUGGGUUGCCUGCCCUCUCCUGGCGAUGCCUCGCCCUCUCGUCACACUGGACCUGGAUCUGGACCUGGAUUUGGACCCGGUAACAGUCCCUUCAGGAAUCCGAAUCCCCAACCCCGCCCCUUUAUUUACGAUUCGCCGAUACAAAGGCCAGGUCCCAAGACUAUGUACGCCUGAUCAUAUAGUAAAGUGAUUUAAUAAUAAAUUAUAUUUGGAAUAACACUAAA